ACAUUUUGCUGUUUAACAAAUAACAAGGAUGAAAUGAUCUUAAACGUUGUGUUGUAAGUGUGAAUCGGAUAUAUCGCUGUUAUAGUAUCGGUUAUGAUAAGUGACAACAUGCACGGCGCACUCACGGGCUGGCCGCCUGCGCUGGCAAUCAAAGAGUACGUGGGAGAACGCGAGGCGCGAGCCAUAGGGCCCCAAGGCCUUCGCAACAACCUGGCCCUGAGAUACCAAUACCAAAGAGUACAAAAUAGCAUGCCAAAUCAAGGCAUAAUAUUAAGUCGCAUCUUUCUAUUUUGCGUUUUCCUGACCAAUUCGACAUGGAUUGUUGUCGGAAAUCCCAUUUGCUACAGAACGAAACGGGAAGUGGAGAUAGCAUCGACCAACUGGACCGCGUUAGCCGACGAAUGGAUCGCAGCAAAAGCCAGAGCUGCCGAGAAGAUGGAUGUCGCUUUACUGCCAUUCAAUGAGAGAUUCCGAGAACUACCGCCUACAGCGGAAACUUUUAUCGUUAAUGGCACGAGCCCGGAACAGUUGGAACGGUUAAAUUAUUCGCGGAUGUUAUGGGACAUGGAAACGGUCCAACCAAACGGACACCUAACUGGAUUUGUGGACAAAGCUCUUAAGCUGCUAGAUCUAAGACAAGUGAUGAUGGAGGUCGAAACCUCUGUUAUGUCCAAGGUCUCUUGUACUGCUUGUAAAGUUGGAGCUGGUUUGCUGCAGCACUACAUAAAGAACGGCAAGAAUGACGAAGAGAUCAUGGCUAGCAUUUAUCAAUUCUGCGUAUCGCUCAACAUACAGAGUCCCCGAGUUUGUCACGGAGUAACCAUGCUCUUUGGGGGAGAGGUGAUUUAUGUCCUGAAACAGGUUAACAUGGGUCCGGCGCAGAUCUGCAGCUUCGUGAUCGGCGAUGCGUGCGAUGAUGCUUUUAACCCAUUGCAUGAAUGGGAGGUGGCCUUUCCACCGGUUAAAAAACCGCCGAUCAAGCCGCCGAUUCCGCCACAGGAAGGCGCGCCGACAUUCAAGGUCCUGCACAUUUCUGAUACGCACUACGAUCCCUAUUAUCACGAGGGUGCAAAUGCAGAGUGCAACGAGCCGCUCUGCUGUCGGCUAACAAACGGCGCUCCGUUGACUGCCUUUGCCGCUGCCGGACGAUGGGGCGAUUAUAGAAAAUGUGAUACGCCGAAGAGAACGAUCGAUCAUAUGCUCAAGCACAUCGCCGACACACAUUCGGACAUUGAUUAUAUUUUGUGGACCGGGGAUUUGCCUGCUCAUGAUAUCUGGAACCAAACGCGAGAAGAAAAUCUAAAAAUCUUGCAUGAUACGGUUGCGCAAAUGGUUAAGAUGUUUCCCGGAAUACCAAUUUUUCCAGCUUUAGGAAAUCACGAGAGCGCACCGGUUAACAGCUUCCCACCACCUUUUGUGCCUCAGGAGAACAGUAUCUCGUGGUUGUAUGAUGAACUUGAUAAACACUGGCGGCAUUGGUUGCCGGCAGGUGUGUCUCAUACUGUUCGUCGCGGCGCCUUCUAUUCGGUCCUGGUUCGACCAGGUUUCAGAAUUCUCUCGGUAAACAUGAAUUAUUGUAAUAAUAAGAACUGGUGGUUACUAAUCAAUAGUACAGAUCCGGUUAGCGAGUUGCAAUGGCUUGUGUAUGAGCUGCAAGGUGCCGAAAUCAAUGGCGAGAAGGUGCAUAUAAUUGGUCACAUCCCUCCUGGACAUUCCGAUUGUCUUAAGGUUUGGUCGAGAAAUUAUUAUCACAUAAUAAAUCGCUAUGAAUCAACAAUCACGGCACAGUUCUUUGGACAUACACAUUAUGAUGAGUUCCAGAUAUUCUAUGAUACAUCAGACCUUGGUAGAGCGCUCAGUAUCGCCUACGUCGGUCCUUCGGUCUCACCAUAUUAUGAUCUCAAUCCAGGCUACAGAAUAUAUUAUGUUGAUGGAGAUCAUUCCAAGACUACAAGAAUGGUCGUCGAUCAUGAGAGCUGGGUCAUGAAUCUAAAGGAAGCGAAUCUUUAUGAUUACCCAAUCUGGUACAAAUUGUAUAGCGCGCGUCAAGCCUACCAAAUGGCAUCACUUUUGCCUAAAGACUGGGACUCGCUGAUUGACAAGAUGACUAAUGAGCCGGCCCUCUUUGAUCUUUACUAUAAACAUUACUAUAAGAAUUCUCCGGUGCGACCAGCGUGCAAUGACGAGUGUCGCAAGAGAUUGCUCUGCGAUUUACGCAGUGGAAGAAGCCACGAUCGGAAGGCGUUAUGUCAGAGUUUGGAAGCGAGGAUCGACGACGAAACAAGAACGGGCUGGCGUGCAUGGAUAUACAAGGGACUCGCACUGUCGAUGUCCGUGGUUAUGGCCAUCCCCAGGUUUGCAUAUAAUUUACCAAAAUACGUCCUAGGAUUGGGUUAGAACAGGAGAGCGGACGCUAAGUGCAAACAUGUAACUCAAAUUGUGAUGUUAAAUUGUUAAAAAUAUUAUUGUCAUCGUUUUCAAAAUACAAAUUUCGAUGUCUCCCUUUAACGAUCAAUGAUUAUAUGCCUGUCGAAAUUCAACAUCGCGUUCAAUUCGUAAUAAUCGUUUCACAGAAACCAAUUGCGCUAUAUAAUUCUUCAAUCUUAAAAUCUUUGGAAGAAAAUAUGAACAAAUUGGAAGGUUUAUAUGGUGUAUAAAUCUUAGGCGGUCGAUUUGGAUGCUUUCAACGCUUUUCAUUACUUCUAUUCUCAUUUUACGUCUAAUGAAUGAUAAAGACAGAAUGUUGAUACAAGCGCUUAAGACUCCUGACUACUCAGCCAAAAACUCUGCGUUGAUGAUAGCAACGCUGAAUCAGACGGCGAAACCGAUAGGCACACACUUAAGCACGAGCCCAUGUCCAUGUGCUCGCCUGUGGCGUGCAGAGAGUAAACGAGACAGCGAGUUCCUUUUCACACUAAUCACUAAUUGUUUCAAGCAACCAAAAAUGCUUUCUCGGCAAUCUCGGCCGCUCGGCAUCAAUAAGGGGCGGGGGAGCAUAUCUAAAUAACGUAUAAGUUUUAAUAAAUUGUAGUGUUACCCUCUCUUAUUAAUCCAGAAUAGUAUAAAUCAUGUUAAAAUGCAACAGUUUACGAGAUAUUUAAUAAUUACGAUUCUUUAUGCACGUUAUAUACCUCCUUCGAGUGGCAAGAAUAGUUCAGUAGAAGUAGAAUUUUACCGGAAAAAAAUUAUAAACCAGCAUUUCUCUCUCUCUCUUUUCAUGAAAGUCUUGAAAAGUCAUCAGAAAAGAAAUACGUAUGUUCGAGACUUGAUAUUGUACUUGUGAAGAAAAUAGGCGAAAAAAAAUCGAAUAGUUGCAAAAAGCACGUUUU